UCAUUCCGGUUGCUGCUAUUAGGAAUUAUUGGACUGAACCACUGAAGGAGAAAGCAGAGGGGGGUGAGCAUGGCGCUCGUGACGCUCUCUGCCCUUUUGUGUGUUUUGCAUAAAAAACUCCAAUCGUGCUGCAUAUUAAUUAUAAAUCCUUGUGGGUAAAUGCAGGCACCUUCUGUUGGCUGAGGCUUGGAGCGGGAGACAGGGGUUCUGCUGGCCCGGGCACCUCUCACUCCCACGUCAGCAGAUCCAUCUCUCUGAUGCUAUACUGUAAAUUUAUUUCACCUCGGAGAGUAAACAGAUAUAUUGGAGCCCCGAGGGUUCAUGGGUAGCGUAUUUACAAAGGAGCUCUCCGCCAGCCGUGCCACCGCUGCUAAUGAGAGCCGUCAUUAAGUAAAUGAGACGUCGCCUUUAGCUGGCUUAGGAGUUCGCACACUGAGGGGAGAAGAUAUUUAAUUGAGACCCGCACAGGCUCCCCACAUGUGACCGCUGGAAGGGAGGCAGCUGCCUUUCCUCUCCUCCCCCGGCGCCCUGCACCCCCCAUGUAAAUUUCAUGAUUGCUUUCCGUGAUGUCAUUUUGAAAGAGGACAGACAAUAGCUGUGGGGAAAGAAAAUGAGUUCCGGGGUGAGCUGCUGAGUCAGAGGUGGACACACGGAGACAAGGCCAACAACUGCAGGACCUCGAGACUCCUCCUGAGCAGACACGGCAAGAUGAGCUUAGAAAAUGAGGAAAAGCGAGCUAGGACGCGAUCCAAGGCCCGAGCGCCCCCAGAGCCUGCAGGUGCCGAUCUCAGCUGCCCCACCCCAGGAUGCACGGGCUCGGGACACGUCCGGGGCAAGUACUCCAGGCACCGCAGUUUGCAGAGCUGCCCUCUGGCCAAGAAGAGGAAGCUGGAGGGCGCGGAGGCCGAGCACCUGGUGUCCAAGCGGAAGUCACACCCCCUGAAGCUGGCUCUGGACGAGGGCUACGGCGUGGACAGCGACGGCAGCGAGGAUGCUGAGGUGAAGGACGCCUCUGUGUCGGAUGAAUCAGAAGGAACUCCGGAGGAGGAUGAGGCUGAGAUGUCAGAACAGGAGGAGAUUCAUCGCCCUGAGCCAGCUGAAGGAAGGAGCCCCGUCAAGUCUCAUUUCGGAUCCAACCCCGUCAGCAGCUCCAUGGGCUCCUCCAAGGGCAGCUACAGCAGCUAUCAGGAAAUCAUUGCAACUUCUCUCCUAAACUUGGGCCAAAUAGCUGAAGAGACCCUGGUCGGGGAGGACUCUGGCCAGGUGGCCAAGGCAGGCCCCAGCAUUGUGCACCUGGUUCAGGAGGAGCCUGAGGAAGGAGCUACCAGCGACGAGGGGGAAAAGGACGUCUUCAUUCAGCCAGAGGACGCGGAGGAAGUCAUUGAAGUCACCAGUGAGCGCCCCCAGGAGCUGUGUCCCCAGUCCCUGGAGGCCGUGGCCAGCGAGGAGUCUAGCCAGCGGCAAGUCAGCCUGGGUCAUGAGGAUGAAGAGGAGGAGGAGGAGGAUGAAGAUGAGGAGGAGGAAGAGGAGGAAGAGGACGAGGACGAUGAGGAUGACGAGGACGAUGAGGAGGAGGCUGCUCCCGAGCUGAUCUGCCCGGAGGAUGCCUCCCCUCAGAAGGCCCCCAAGCCUGAGUACUCUGUCACGGUGGAGGUGCACUCUGACGACGGCAAGGAUGAGGACUCGCGCUCCCAGAAGUCCACGGUCACGGACGAGUCGGAGAUGUAUGACGUGAUGACCCGCGGGAACCUGGGCCUCCUGGAACAAGCCAUUGCCCUGAAGGCUGAGCAAGUGAGAGCCGUCUGCGACCCAGGCUGCCCGCCUGUUGAGCAGGGCCAGUUGGGCCCUGGCGAGCAAGGGAAGGUGGCAAGGCCCUUGGAUGCUGCGAGGAAGAGCUAUUGCAGCAAAGAUCCCUCAAGAGCUGAGAAGCGUGAGAUCAAGUGCCCCACGCCGGGCUGCGACGGCACUGGCCACGUCACCGGGCUGUACCCUCACCACCGCAGCCUGUCUGGCUGCCCCCACAAGGACAGGAUUCCCCCGGAGAUCUUGGCCAUGCACGAGAACGUGCUGAAGUGCCCCACUCCUGGCUGUACGGGCCAGGGCCAUGUGAACAGCAACCGCAACACACACAGAAGUUUGUCUGGGUGCCCUAUUGCUGCUGCUGAGAAGUUAGCCAAAUCUCAUGAGAAGCAACAGCCGCAGACGGGAGAUCCUUCCAAGAAUAGCUCCCACUCGGACCGGAUCCUCAGGCCCAUGUGCUUUGUGAAGCAGCUCGAGGUCCCUCCGUACGGAAGUUACCGGCCUAGUGUGGCUCCUGCCACACCCAGGGCCAACCUGGCCAAGGAGCUGGAGAAGUUCUCCAAGGUCACCUUCGAUUACGCAAGUUUUGACGCUCAGGUUUUUGGCAAACGCAUGCUUGCCCCAAAGAUUCAGACCAGCGAAACCUCACCUAAAGCCUUUAAAUCCGAACCUUUCCCAAAGGCCGCUUCCCCCAGGCACAGCCCCUGCGCUUCCUCCUCUUCCGCAGGCUUCGACUACGCCCACGACGCGGAGGCCGCUCACAUGGCUGCCACCGCCAUCCUGAACCUCUCCACUCGCUGCUGGGAGAUGCCCGAGAACCUCAGCACGAAGCCACAGGACCUGCCCAGCAAGGCAGCGGACAUCGAGGUGGACGAGAACGGGACCCUGGACCUGAGCAUGCAUAAGUACCGCAAGCGGGGCAGUGCCCUCCCCAGCAGCAGCAGCAACAGCAGCCCAGGCGUGAAGUCUCCUGAUGCCUCCCAGCGCCAGGGCGGCACCAGUGCCCCCAGCAGCUCCAUGACCUCGCCCCAGUCCAGCCAGGCCUCCCGCCAGGAUGAGUGGGACCGGCCUCUGGACUACACUAAGCCCAGCCGCCAGCGAGAGGAGGAGCCCGAGGAGUCAGAGCCAGCAGCCCAUUCUUUUGCUUCUUCUGAAGCAGAUGACCAGGAAGUGUCGGAAGAGAAUUUUGAGGAGCGGAAGUACCCCGGGGAAGUUACCCUGAGCAACUUUAAGCUGAAGUUUCUCUCCAAGGACAUAAAGAAGGAGCUGCUCACCUGUCCCACCCCAGGCUGUGAUGGCAGCGGCCACAUCACCGGAAACUAUGCCUCCCACCGCAGCCUCUCUGGUUGCCCUCUUGCUGACAAGAGCCUCAGAAACCUCAUGGCUGCCCAUUCUGCUGACCUCAAGUGCCCCACGCCCGGCUGUGACGGCUCUGGCCACAUAACGGGGAACUACGCAUCGCACCGGAGCUUGUCCGGCUGCCCUCGUGCCAAGAAAGGUGGAGCCAAGGUGACCCCCACGAAGGAUGACAGGGAGGAUCCUGAGCUGAUGAAGUGCCCAGUUCCAGGCUGCGUGGGGCUUGGUCACAUCAGCGGAAAGUAUGCCUCUCACAGAAGUGCAUCUGGCUGCCCACUGGCCGCCCGGAGGCAGAAAGAGGGUUCCCUCAACGGCUCGUCGUUUUCCUGGAAAUCACUGAAGAACGAGGGGCCCACCUGCCCCACUCCGGGCUGUGACGGCUCCGGCCACGCCAACGGGAGCUUCCUCACCCAUCGGAGCUUGUCUGGCUGUCCCAGAGCGACCUUUGCUGGAAAGAAGGGAAAGCUCUCAGGGGACGAGGCUCUCAGCACGAAGUUCAAAACGAGUGACGUGCUGGAGAAUGACGAGGAGAUCAAGCAGCUGAACCAGGAGAUUCGCGACCUGAAUGAGUCCAAUUCGGAGAUGGAGGCCGCCAUGGUGCAGCUGCAGUCCCAGAUCUCUUCCAUGGAGAAGAGCCUGAGGAACAUCGAGGAGGAGAAUAAGCUCAUUGAGGAGCAGAAUGAAGCCCUGUUUCUAGAGCUGUCGGGCCUGAGCCAGGCCCUCAUCCAAAGCCUCGCCAACAUCCGCCUUCCACACAUGGAGCCAAUAUGUGAACAGAAUUUCGACGCCUAUGUGAGCACCCUCACCGACAUGUACUCCAACCAGGAAUGCUACCAGAACCCCGCGAACAAGGACCUCCUGGAGAGCAUCAAGCAGGCCGUGAGGGGCAUCCAGGUCUAGGCCUCCUGCUCGAGGAGCUGCCCUGCUGAUCCCGGGUGCUGGGCACCCCAGCUUGGCUCCACUGUUUACCUCCCUCUCCUGCCCUCCCAGUGGAGAUUCCCAGCUCACAGCGACUUCUGGCUGGCAACCCCGGCAGCCUCAGGCGGGUUUAUCCAAAGGGGUGCCAGGAAAUCAGUGUCUCCCUGGAUACAAUGUGCUUGCCAGGCCAGAGGCCGCAGCCUCCCCACUCAAGGGCAGGGUGGGGCAUGAAGUAUUACAAAGUGAUUUAUUUUUGUUUUCUGAAAGAAAUCUGAAGAGCAGCUCGAAGUCUCCAGUGGAAGCUCAUGGACAAGGUUCUCAGGGAAGUUUCGGAGUUUGCAACCACAGUAUUCCUUUGUCUGUCAGGCUGGGAGGGUAGCCGUGGGCGCUGGGCUGGUGGUGCGUUUGACGGUGUCAGCCUGGAGCACGUGCCCCGGGGUGUGCGUCUGCUCGGUGAGGCUAAUGUGGCAAGUGUGUUUUCUGUUUUCAUUUAAUUCAGUUUUGUGUUAAGGACGGAUCAAAGCCCUGUUCCCGAGGGUAAGGUAGGGGCAGGCCUGCAGCCCACUGUCAGCCCCAGGAAUCUAAUCUGGGAUGCCCCUGAAAGCCAGCUGCUGGUUCCACAGUAAGGCACUCAUGUCUGGGGGUGGCUGGCGCCCAUGCCUGCACAGACAUGCGCAGUGUGGGGCCAUGCUCCCUCUUGGGGCUGUGGCCUUUAGACCCGGUCUGGCUCUCUGUGCGUCCACCCAGGCCCAUGACCUGUCACUGCCGAAUUACCUGGGUCAUGGCUGAGCUUGACCAAGGUGGGGACAGCGUUAGUGAGAGCAGGGGAUAAAUUCCUAAUUAGAGACCAUCAAGGUUUCACUUCUUUUUAGAUCCAUUCAAGAUGUGAAAAAAAGUAAAUUUUAAUUUAAUGUGUUAAAAACACAAUGUUCCUAACAUGUAAAUAGAGUCCAAAUCGAUUGUGACUGCAAUUCCAAGUUAGUAUUUAAAAGUAGAGAAAUUGCACUUCCUGGAAGAAAUAAAAAAGUAGUUAGUUUAUUCUGUAAAUUAUUUAAUUUUGUCAAGAUGUAAGUAUUUAUAUUCACAACCUCUUAUGUUAACGUUUGUUAUUUUGCUAUUUAUUUAACAUUUUUAUUUAUUAAUUUUAUACUAUUUCAACUAGACCCCAUACCAGGACACCAUGAGAGGAAAAUAAAUGAAAUCAAAGCAAAAUUAACUAUUUGACUAUGAGAUAGGCCACACACAAAAAACCUUGCUAUAACUUCUAGUUAUAAUUUUGAUGCAACCGAUAUUUUUUAUAUAUUUUGUUAUUUAUUCUUUUAAUAAUGGAGUUUUUAAAAAGUAUUUUGUAACUGAGGAAUUUUGAUAAUUUGGGGAUAUUUGUCCCUUGGUCCAAUGGAAAGAAAGAUUUUUUGGUUUUCUGUAUCCCUUUUGCUUCCUUCUGUUUUCGGCACGGACGACAGCAAAUGGAAUUCUGUAUUUAUUGUUUAUUUAAGUGUAGCGCAGAUGUGUGUGCUGGCGUGUUUCUCGUGUCGCGUCUGUGUGCCGGCUUGUGAUGGCUGAGUCAUGUUGCUGUGAGGGAGUGCUGGCCACAGGCAGCGCCGAGCGUGGCCACUCGCAGGCUCCCUGUCCCCUGACAGCUCCGAUACUGUGACCCUCCUUCCUCAGGAAACGCGUUGAACCCACAGCACAGCACUUCUCGGUGUGUUUGCAGGGUGAUUUCCUAAUAAAAGUCCACUCUGACUGUGA